AAAAAAUCCUCCAGGCCUUCACCUUCUCCUUUAUAGCUUGGCAUGGAAGAAGAUGAAUGCAAUAUUGGCCUUGGACUUGCCAUAGGUGGUGGUCGACAUUUCAGCUCUCACCAAAGUAGCAACGGUGGAGGGAAGUCUCCCGUUCAAUUCCACAUCCUAUUUCCUCCUCAACAGAAACAAGGAGAGGAAGAAGAGGAAGAAGAAGAAGAAGAAGAAGAGCCGAGAAGAGAAGAACAACACAAGUCGAAGAACAUCAAUGAAGAAGAGGAUACCAUGAGUGCCAAGGACAUCAGUGAUGGUGGCAGCAACCAAGUUGGGAGGAAGAAGCUCCGGCUAACUAAAGAACAGCUUACGUUGCUCGAAAAACGCUUUCGGGAGCACCACACCCUCAAUCAGACCCAGAAACAACAACUGGCUGGCCAAUUAAAUCUCCGGCCUCGUCAAGUGGAAGUCUGGUUCCAAAAUAGAAGAGCUAGGACUAAAUUGAAGCAGACUGAGGUGGAUUGCGAGUUCCUUAAGAAGUACUGCGAAAACCUAAGAAUCGAGAACCGGAGGCUGAAGAGAGAACUGGAGGAGCUGAGGGCAAUGGAGCCUGGGUGCCCCUUCCAUAUAAGGGUCCCAAAGGCCGCGACACUACUGACCAUGUGUCCAUCCUGCAAGCGGAUCAGUGACAAAGGAAAUGGUGCCUUGGACACCAUGAAGGGCCGGCCAUCUGGUUCCUGUAAAUGAUGGAGUAAUCAGACUUUACAUCAAAAAAAUAAUCGAAGGUUGAAGGCAUACUGUUAGCGGAUAGGAAUAGA